AUGGCCUCCACCGACAGCUAUUGGAUGAUUGGGUUUGCAAUUAUGUGUAUAGUAACAAUUAUUGGUUGUAUCGCUCACAUUGCUAUUCUCUUAGUAGUAUUAUCGAUUCAAAAUUUACGAAAAAAUCCAUCCAAUUCGUUCAUCGUUACACUUUCCCUAACUGGACUUUUGGCGACGUCAAUUGUAUUCCCUUCGGCCAUCGUUAUUUACGAUGAUGUGAAAUCUGGUUCAAAAAAGUGGGUGGUAGCAGGUUCAAAUUGUUCGAAUGACCAUACUGACGACAUUCCUUGGGGUAUGUGUACCGCCUUGCAGGUACUACAUAAUUUUUCAAUUUACAAUUCCGCUUGGUUGGUUUCUGCUAUUGCAAUUGAAAGAAACGUGUCCAUCACUCGCCCAUUUUAUGCGGCUUCGGCAUUAAAAUAUGCGUUGUUGAACGCAAUCGUGACAGCGGGCAGCAUACUUUUUGCUUUAAUUCCAAUUUUCCAAUUACCUGAUCAAACUUGUUAUGCGCCAUACGCCUAUCGUUUUCAGGAUCCAAUUUUCCGUUGGUUGCAAUUUUUGGCAGUCUAUGUACUUCCAAUCAUUAUUAUCGUAGUAAUGUAUUUAAACAUUUACCGAGUUGCACAGAAUGUGCAAAGAACAAUUCAGCCGACCCCUUCUCUGUUUCCUCCAAUUAAUGAAACGACUCCAAGAAUAUGGACUGUAAAUCCAGUUGUCGUUUCGCAAACAGAAUCAAGUAUGGUCUCUAAUAAGAAACGUAAUAAAGCAAUCAAGACGUUAGUGCUUACAAUCGGUUCCUACAUUGUACUGUGGUCGCCCUAUUGGGUAUUGAACGUGAUCCCCAUUGUUCAUCACGAAGAUUUUCUGUGUGACGCAGUUCCUGGGUACGUUACAAACAAUGGCUCUAUAACGGUGACGUGGCUUAUGUAUGCAUCAAUCAGCAUUAAUCCACUGUUAUACGGUCUCUUGAAUCGUGCCAUCCGAAUAGAAAUCAAAGGCAAAAUGCAAAUGACAAAGCAUUUUUUGUUUUGUAAGAAUACGCAAACAGAAUCAGCAAAUCGAGAAGAGCAUGGAGCUAAUGCGGCAGAAAAUUUCUGGGAGUUCUUGGAACGGACUAACAGUCCUCUUCCUGCUUGAAGUUAAACGUAGAUCAGCUGAAGAGACGCGCCGAGAAAUAAACGCAUAGGCUACAUGGAUACAACAAUUUUUCUGGCUUCUACGACUUCUACUAGAAUUUCUACAUCAUCACCAACUCGACAGGGAUUUGGAAAAGUCAUUGAUUGUUCAUAAACAACAUAACCAGGCCCAGGUAACUGGGUGCCAAGAACAGCACUGACAAAGCCAUUAAGCAAAACCCCAUGAACUAUAGCUUCCCCACCAAAAUGAACUGAAUUUAAGUCACCUGUCAACUUGGAAAAACUUUCCACAUCUGCAUAAGUUACUUUUUUAAGUUCUACUACUGUGGAGCCUUUCUGAAUGAAUGAUUGAAGAAAUCUUUUGUUUAUCCCUUCAGCAAGAUUCAUCUUCAUGUUGGUGCUCUUCUGGAGUAUACACUUUAUUCUCUUGAUGAA